AUGUGUUAUCUCGAGCGUUCACCCAAGAAUAAUUAUAUUCUGUCAUGGUCCAAAAGGAAUGUUGAAGUGGAUAAUUGGGCAGUGGCAUACCGCCAUCAGUUGGAGGCUUCUAACCACCUGAUUGCAUCCAAUGCUCGCUUCUUUACUGAGCUGGCCGCUCUCUACAUCGGCGGCGUUAAGCAGUCUCGAUUGGACCCAGACCACAUCCAAGAGCUGGUGGCGCUUCCCGCCCUACGCAAGAGGUGGCGCGAGAAACUCACGGUCACCCCAGAGGCGGAGUCGGAAACCGACUGGCCCAGUCUGGCCCGGGCCAUGCGAUCGCUCCCCGCGGGCGUCCAACGCUGGACCACAAAGCACGUGGUGGGUAUGUGCGGGGUCGGCAAGUUUAAGGUACGAUGGGGAUAUGACACAUCUGCUGCAUGCCCAUGCUGUGGCGAGUUCGAAGAUCACCUACACGUACCUCGAUGUAGGGCUCCAUCCACCAGCGCUGAAUGGGAUCGCCAGACAGUGGCCCUGGAUUUAUGGCUGGACACUCAAGUGACAGAUCCGGCCAUCAAACAUGCCCUUCUCUCCCUUCUUAAAGGGGUUCGUGAUCCAUCCCUCCCGUCCAUUCGAAUGGUACCAGGUCGACUGAGCAGCGCCUUCCGCUCCCAGCAAUGCAUUGGUUACCAAGGCUUGUUGGAAGGAAGAUUGUCCCGCCAAUGGGCCCCAUUGCAGGAGGAAUAUCUGCAGUCGCGCGGGAGCCAACGCUCUCCGACCUUAUGGGCCUCACGCCUCUCGCAUCAGUUGAUUUUGCUGGGCUUCCAGUUGUGGGAACAUCGGAACUUGGUACAACACUCGGAGGACAAUGUACAGUUACAAGAGCGCAGCCAACAGGUCAACGACGGGAUACACAACCAGUUUGAUAUGGGUCCCACUGACCUACCUAAGGUUGUUCAACGCCUGCUUUCGGUCAAGCGCCGGACAGUCUUGAACAAACCACUGGUAGACCGUGAGGAGUGGCUGAAGCUGGUGAGGAUGGAACGCACGGCCUACCGCCGCGCUCUGGCGCCUCAACGCCGUAUUCUUCAUCGCUUCUUCCACCCUGCGGACCAUUCCCCUUGA